AUGAAGCUCACCCUGGUACAGUUCGAACAAAAGCUCGGCUACGAGAACGGUUCUGGUGGCCAGGCAUGGACAAGCUAUCCGGACGUGGUGGUCUGCGACAAUGGGCCCCAGUUCUCAUCUAUGGAGUUCAUCGAGUUCCUCAAAGAUCGCGCCAUCCGCCUUGUGGGCUCUUCCGUUUGCUACCCCCAAGCGAACGGACUUGUCGAGCGGUUUAACUGGGUCUUCAAGAAUUUUGUGCAGGUCACCAUGCUGGAACAGCGUCCGCUUCGCCAAGCACAGCCCAACGAUUACGCCUUAACAGCUCAACCCGAAGCUUCACCAGCUACGCCCACGCUACGAGCACCAGCACCAGUUGUGUCGGAUGACCGUGUGCUUCAACGUCGGGUCCAACGACCGAGGAACAGAAGGCCUCCAGAUCGAUACCGGGGCCACAUGUUGCUUGUGCGCUACGUGCAGAUGGGUGCAGUGCCAGAGAACUUGAGUGCUGCAUGA